AUGAGCUCUGGCGACGGUUUCUGUGACGAUUGCUUCAAGCUGGUGAAGCAUGAGGGAACGCCAGAAGGCACAUUUGAAACCUUCGAUGGCAUCAAGACCUAUAUCGCUACGCCCACCUCCGACUACCCAAAGGACAAGGCGAUCUUUUUCAUCAGCGAUGUGUUCGGGCAUGCUUUGAACAACAAUUUCAACGGAUUCAAAACCUACAUGCCCGAUUUGUUCAACGGUGAUCCAGCUCCUCUCAACCUUGGCGAACCAGGCGUCGUUUGGGACCGCGCGACUUGGGGGCCUCGCCAUCUCCCCGAGAUGCGAUCUCGUUUGGAUAAAGUCGUAAAGGCGAUGAAGGAGCAAGGACUCACCAAGUUUGGAGCUGUGGGGUAUUGCUUUGGAGCGCGAUACGUGUUUGACUACGCGUUCGAGAAGAUUAUCGACGUGGCCGUUGUUACCCACCCUUCUCGCCUAGAGAUUCCAGACCUCGAGAAAUACGCGGUGGAAUGCACUGCUCCCCUCCUCAUCAACAGCUGCGAGGUAGACCCGCAAUUCCCCAAAGAGAAGCAAGAGGCCGCAGACAAGUUCCUCGGAGGUGGUAAGUUUGCCCCGGGAUACAGCCAGGUGUACUGGGAGGGCUGUACGCAUGGAUUCGCUUGCCGUGGUGACAUUAGUGACCCGAAGGUGAAGGCGGGUAAGGAAGGAUCGUUCAAGAACGCUGUCGAGUGGUUCCAGAAAUACCUUUGA